CAUUUGCUUUGGCUUUGGCAUUCGCUCCGGUUUGAUAAUACCAUACCCAUUGGCGCCAGAUCCAGGUCCGACUGAUUGGGAGAAAACGCCGUGGGGGUCGUCGCUGAUGGAAUUGGUUCUUUGGCAGUGGCUCUAUUUUACUAACAACAGCAGCAUAAUCCUCAAGAACCAAUCCAGCUAUGGCUACGAUUCAAUGAAUAUUCAUGGAGUGUGUUCGCGAGUUGAGAGGUGGAUUUGGAUCGGUCGAGAGAUUUGCGAAGGGCAGGAAAAGAGCAAAGAAGAGGCAGAGAGCUGUCAACGACUACGACUUGACCCCAUUUCAUCGCGAUGCUGCGGCAGCGGUUCAUCUAAAAUAGAACUCGUGCCCGGUCAAGAGUCACUCGAUAAUGCCGAGAAAGUCUUCUUCGUGGCUAGUGGUCGAAGCAGCCAGCAGUUCUUCUUGUCCCGUCCCUCGCACCACAACAGAACCAAAAAGUGAAGUCUAGAUAUGGCAAGGAUACGUGGUGGUGUGCUGAUCCUCCUGGCGAUCGUCCUUCUGGCCCUGGCGGCCAGCAGUCAGGCUGAGAGAUCCCAAAACUAUCAAAAGCAGAAGCAGCAGAGGACCAAGCCUGGAUCCGCACAGGCUAUGGGCAACCACAAGAACAGACGACCCAACAAGAACCAACAGGCGGCCGGGCAGAAGCAGCGACCCAACAAACAGAAGCAGCCCCCGCUCCAGCAGCAGAAGCCCAGCACUCCCGAGUCGAAUGUGUUCACCGCAUCGGUGCCCGUUCUGGGCAGGCUCCGUGGUCGGACUUUGAGCACGGACUGGACUGGCAAGGAAAUAAUGCAAUUCCUCGAUGUGCCAUACGGAAAGGCAGAUCGCUUCAAGGCAGCGGAACCGGCUUCUUCCUGGCGGGGCGUUCUUCCCGCCCAUCGCCAUCACCCCGGAUGCCCUUCCAUACAGGAUCUGCUCAAGUACGCCAAAUUGGAGGAGGACGGCUUCGAUGUCGAGGACUGUCUUCGACUCUCCAUCAGCACCAAGGCGAUGGAGGGAGAUCUCUCGCCAGUUAUGGUGUACAUUCAUGGCGACUUCUUCUACGACGGCGACUCCGUGGAGGCCGCUCCCGGCUAUCUGCUGGAGGAGGAUGUGGUGCUGGUUUCGGUGCGAUACCGAUUGGGUCCAUUCGGCUUCCUGUCGACAAUGAGCGACGACAUGCCUGGAAACGCGGCCGUAAGCGACAUCAUCCUGGCGCUUAAGUGGGUGCAGAAGCACAUUUCCUCCUUCGGUGGCGAUCCGCAGCGGGUCACUCUCUUCGGCCAGGUGGGCGGGGCAGCACUUGUCAACGUGCUAACCCUGAGCCCGGCCGUGCCGGCGGGACUCUUCCAUCAAGUCAUCUACCAGUCGGGCACGGCGCUGUCGCCCGCCUUUAUCACGGACACCCCACUAGCCGCCACCAAGGAUAUUGCUCGCAUCGCCGGCUGCAAGCAGCUGGCUAAGGUGGAGUCGUUGAACAAGUGCCUGGUUCGACUCAACGCCACUAUGCUGCUGGCCGCCUUCAGCAUCCAUGGCGAGGACAAACCCUCGCUGAGCGGCGGCGCCUAUGGCGGUGUCCAGCUGGUCAUCGGUGGACCGUCAGGCAUCCUGCCGGAGCAUCCGGGGCGACUGCUGGCCGCCGAGAAGUUCCAAGCCUAUCCCACAAUGGGCGGCAGCGUCAAGCAUGGCGGUACCUUCAUGUUGAGGGACAUAUUUGCGGACAGUUUCAACGAAACAAUUCUGGAUGAUAAGCUGACUGGACGCCAGUACAUUGAAACCAUUAUUGCGCAGGCCAAUGGGGCGGAUCCCACUGGCUCCUGGAGUGACUUUGCCGACGAGGAGAUCUUCAGUGUCGAGGACAUCAAGAACGGCAGCUUCAAACGUCUUACCCCAGGACUGAUCGACCUCUGCACCACGAUUUCCCUGAAGAAUCCCGUGCUCUUGGUGCUCCAGGCCAAUGCCAAGAAGCUGCCCAACAGUACCUAUCUGUACACCUUCGACUACGAGGGGGAGCUGAACCGCUACGGUAGCAGCGAUGAGGAGGCCUCAUUUGUGCCCUUCGACAUGGGCGUGUCGCUGACUGACGAUAACCUCUACCUCUUCCCCUGGCCACGUUACCAGACGCUAAACUCCAACCGCGACAUCAAGGUAGCCAAGCGGAUGGUGGCCCUGUGGACGUCCUUCGCCAAGACGGGAGUACCCGCUGCCCAGGGUCUGCCCUCUUGGGCACCAAUGAGCGACGACACGGGGCCCUAUAUGCGCCUAGGUCGCACGAUCAGCUUCGGCGACAACUAUCUGGACGAAUACCGCAUUGCGGUCGAGGAGGUCAAGAAGGGAUACAGUCUGGUCAACGAGGACUACUAUGACCUGGAAUCGGCCUUGCUGGCGGCCACCAUGCGGGAUAGGUUGCCUGACGUCGACGCCGAGGACGAUCAGGAGGAUGAAGAGGAGGACAAUAAUGAGACGACAGCCAAUGAGGCGCGUGGCCAAAAUUUGGUGUUCAUUGCCAAGAAGUCAACGCGGAUCCAAAAACAAUAAGAAUUUAAUUACUUGUUACAUUCCACUUAAUUUAUUUAUUCAUGGAUGUCAAUAAAAUGAUUUUAUGAUUCAUUUGUACACACAA